CGCCCGGCCCGCUCAUCCCGGCCGGGCCCGCCAGCCCGGGGAGCUCCGCACCGCCGACCCCAAACCCAGCAAUAAGUCAACAUGGUAAACAUGAACGAGGUGGUGGAGGCCCUGAGGAAGAUCGAGGAGAAAUACAAGCUUUUCCAGCAGCAGCAGUUCACGUUUAUCCGAGCUCUGGAGCGCACCCGGGAGGAAGCCCACGAUUUGAUCAGACCUGUGUCAUCCAUUGUCCAGGUGCAGUGCUACAAGGACCACCACUGCUACAACUCCACAGACAGGCGCAUCCUCAACAUGUUCAUCUCCAUCUGCAACGAGCUCCGCUGCCUCUGCCAGAGGAUGGAAACGGUGCACCCUGGGGACAGUGUCACCAACGGCCUUUUGGAGAAGUGCAGAGUGCUCCUUAACGACAGCAACGACCUCAGUGCCCUCAGAGCCACCUACCCCCACCCUGUUGUGAACUACCUGAGCUUGGAAGAAGCAAGGCAUCGCUAUGGAGGGGUGGUGAGCAUCCUGCCCAUCGUUAUAGACAACAUGAAGGAAUGGGUCACCUACUCCAAGAGGCACGUGCUGUACAUUGUGAGUCCUAGAUGUGCCAUAUGCAAGAAAGAGACACCAACUUCCCAAACAGCACCUGCUGCUCAGACCUCCAACAGUAACAAAAAUCCUGUACAAUUGCAGGAAAAAGAUUUCCAGAAAUUCCUGGCUGCAAAUCAACGACCACAACCAAAGGCUCCCUGGAGGCCACCAGGCAAACAUCCCUAUUAAAAGAUCAAAGCUCCUGCAUCAUCUGCUCACCACCUUUAAGAACCUGGCUGAUCAAAUACAGUGCAAUGAACACUA